GAAAGAUUAGAAAUCUUUUGGGCUUUGCCCGCGCAGGUUCGAAUCCUGCAGUUGUCGUUAUUUUUUUAUCGUCAAUUCGCUCAACGAAACCGUCAUCCUGCGGCUUGCUUGCUUUAAUUGAGCUACAGUCCCGAGACAUACACGUGGAUUCUUCUUCUAAUUCGACUCAAUCCAGAAAUGGGAGUUUGCCUGGAUUAUAAACAUUUGGCGAAUCUGCUUCUCAUAAGCUAUACGAAAGGUAUGCUUGAUCUAGCCAAAACUAAGGGAUCUAGACGCAUUUACGUGAAGAGUCAAGCUGACUCACGAAUUAUUCGUUCAAUUCAAAGAAUAUCUCACGACUUGAAACACUACGAUAUUUCGGAAAGUUUGGAAAAAGCACUUGAUUUGAUUGACUUGGAUAAGAUAUAUGCUGGCGUGUACCAGCGAGAAAUGUCUUCUGUAAACACAGCAUUGGGAUACGAAGAUCUUGUUGUGCUUGAAACGCUUAGAUACUUCAAAGCAGAUUUCUUUUCCUGGGUAAAUAGACCUGCGUGCCCCAAAUGCAAGAAAGAUGGUGACAAUAUACAGCCCAAAGGCUCGGAGGCCCCACCUGAAAUCAAUCCAGAUGAGAUAUCCGUGAUAGAGGUAUACACAUGCAUUGAUUGUAACCAAAGAGUAGAAUUUCCAAGAAUCAACAACCCUGCAAGGUUGUUGGAAACGCGGCGUGGACGAUGUGGGGAAUGGGUGAACUGUUUCAUGUUGAUUUUGAAAGCUAUCUUGGGCCCCGAAGUGCCAACCCGCUACAUUUGGAAUGCAGAGGAUCAUGUGUGGUGCGAGUAUUACAGUCACAAAAUGAAGAGAUGGGUCCACUUAGACCCUUGCGAGGAUGUGUUUGAUGAGCCUUCACUUUAUUCCAGAAACUGGGGCAAAAAAAUGAGUUGGGUAUUGGGUAUAAGUCAUGAUUAUGUCGUGGAUCUAAGCGGGAAGUAUGUCACCGAACGUGGGAAGACAAUUCCGAAAAACACAGUUGCAAAUGAGCAGGCAAUAGCGAGAUUUUUGGAAUCAUACAACGCACUAUUGCUAUCACAGAAUUGGGAUGCACUCCAGCUGCUUGAUGCUAGUGUCGAUGAAAAGUAUUUAAAGUUGUACUAUGAGACUCUUUUGCCACAGGCCAAAGAACGAAAUGACAGCAAGGUAGCUCAUUCCGAAAGUGAAAAUUUACCCCAGGGACGGCAAACUGGUGAUGCGCUGUGGACAGCAGCAAGAGGUGAGAACGGUUAGAAUACCUGCCUUAGAUCAAUAGCUGAUAUCAUAUCUGUAUUCCUUUUGAGUGGCGGAAAAGCUUGAUUCCUACCCAUGAAAAUAGAGCCCACCACCACGCAAUCACGUAUACACACCAAAGACUUGUGACCACGUAGUCUAUUCGUUCAC